AUACAAACAGACAAUAUUGGUAUUUUAUUGGGCAUUUUAAAUUUGACGCAUGUAGUGUCUCGCCUCGACUAGCAGUGGAAGGACAGAUCAUUUGAGUGUUCCGACAGUGCUGGAUAAUCUCUUGACUGGGGGGCCAAAUGCCAGAUCACAGGCGGUAGCCGGACUUUGGCUUUUCUUCCCGUGUCAUUGCACAGUGUGAGCCACUGGAGGGCGCGACGAAGCCUCUGAGCUCAAACGGCUGUCCCGCACUACGCCUGUAGGGUUUGCCUGUGCGUAUAUCUUCGGCGGGUUCCCCAGUGAGGGACUGCAGCUUCAGAACGCCGCUGUGUCACUGUCAACCUUUUGACUGGCUUCAACACGCCGUCACAGCCGUGGAUAUGAAGGAAGAAGACGAAACCUCUGCAAGGCAGCGCACUGGCCAAAGUUUGCGCCCUGCAGCGCCAAGAAAUUUCAGUUGUCGGACCGCUGCCACGAAGCGGAAAGUGAUCUCGUUUUAAGCAAUACUUUAUCGCCACAGACCCUGACCUAAACGUGCGCUGUUGAUAAAUAAAGAGAGAGCUUAUUAGGCGCGCAUGGACGGUCCCGAUUGGACAUUUCAUUUGUUUCACCAUUUACUGUUUUAUUGUAAUUUUGCCGACAUGCAUGGAGGUAGAUGUUGCGCACAAGAACACAGAGGGAGCAACCAGAACACUGAGGGACGCCGACCUGCGUUUUGAACAGAGACCGUGAAUCACCGGGGCUCCAGAACCAGGGUGAAACGAGGACGAGCCAGGAAUUGCGCGGUCUCUGGUUUCCAGCUCUAUUAACGCAUGCAAUUAAAGCGCGCAUUCGACCCAGAAUAAGUUGUCAACAAGGAAACAGAGACGGGUCGAUCUGGAUAACAAGUACGUUUAGGCUACGCGCAGCUGUGCGGACCGGUGUUACUCGCAUGGGCUGAUAUGGCCACCGACUUCGCCAUGAGCGCCGACGUGCCUAACAGUCCCCUGGCCACCGACUACGUCAAUGACUUCGACCUCAUGAAGUUCGAGGUUAAAAAGGAGCCGACGGAAGCGGAGAGGUACUGCCACCAUCCGCCGAACGGCUCGCUAUCCUCCACCCCGCGCUCCUCUGUGCCGUCCUCGCCAUGCAGCCUGUGUUCUACAAGUCCCGGAGGUCCGUUAAACAAGAACCACCGUAACGGCACCGGCAGCGCUGACAAAAGCAGCCACAACUCUCCGAGAAAGGCGCAGCUGGAGGACUUCUGCUGGUUUCCCAGCUACCAGCGCCAUCUCAACCCAGAGACUCUCCAGCUGACGCCGGAAGACGCUGUGGAAGCACUCAUCGCCAACUCGCACCACCCAUCGUAUGAGGGUUUCCGCGGACACCAGUGCGCAGGGGAAGACUUAUCAGUGACCGCCAACUGGCACCAACAACCGGCCCAUCGCCAUCACACCCGGCUGGAGGGCCGUCUUUCGGACGAACAGCUGGUCAGAAUGUCCGUGCGCGAGCUCAACCGGCAGUUGCGCGGCUUCCCCAAGGAGGAGGUCAUGCGCCUCAAGCAGAAGCGCAGGACCCUGAAGAACCGGGGCUACGCGCAGUCGUGCCGGUUCAAGCGCGUGCAGCAGCGGCACGUGCUGGAGAGCGAGAGGUGCACGCUUCAGGGCCAGGUGGAUCAGCUGAAGCACGAGGCCACUCGCCUGUCCAAGGAGAGGGACCUCUACAAAGAGAAGUACGAGAAGCUCGCGAGCCGUAACCACAGCGGCGGCAGCUGCAAAAGCGACCCCAGAUCCAAAAGCAGAGAGGGGAAAGCGGCCGGUUCUGUGGAAUUUUUUCUGUGACAGUUUUUUUUUUUUUUUUGAAAGGGAAGGGGAAAAAAAUCGAUAGGGCAUUUCUCAAACAGUUGUGCUAUUUAUUUGACUUAUAUGGCCUACAUUUAGUUAUCUCAUGUGGCCUUUACUUUUGUGCAGUCUUAUUUUUUAUUUUAUGUUUAGAUCAUAUGCAGGCUAGUUUACUUAAAUAACAUGAAUAUUUUAUCCACAGGGAGUUAGAGAGAGAGAAAGGACAACAAUGCAUGUGUUAAAUUAAGUCUUGUAAUGGUGCGACGUUGUGUUCCUCCAUGUGGUUUACGCAUAUUUUCGAACGAAUUCAAGGAACUGCUAUUUUUGAAUACACUGUUUUCACUAACUUUUACGCUUUGAGUGAAUAGACCCAAUACAAUACGGAAGCCUAACCCUGCAGGGAAA